AUGUCUGCUCACCUUUUGCAGGAGCUGCUCACGUGCUGUGAAGAAGGUAAAGGUGAGAUUAAGGAUGGCCUGGAGGUGAUGCUUAGUGUGCCAAAGCGAGCCAAUGAUGCCAUGCACCUCAGCAUGCUGGAAGGCUUUGAUGAAAAUAUAGAAUCUCAGGGAGAGCUCAUCCUUCAAGAAUCCUUCCAAGUAUGGGACCCCAAAACUCUAAUUCGAAAGGGAAGAGAGAGGCACCUUUUCCUUUUUGAGAUGUCCUUGGUUUUCAGUAAAGAAGUGAAGGACUCCAGCGGAAGGAGCAAGUACAUUUACAAGAGUAAACUGUUCACUUCUGAACUAGGUGUCACGGAACAUGUAGAAGGAGAUCCCUGCAAGUUUGCUCUAUGGGUUGGAAGGACACCAACUUCAGACAACAAAAUUGUUCUCAAGGCAUCCAGUAUAGAGAAUAAACAGGACUGGAUCAAACAUAUCCGGGAAGUGAUACAAGAAAGGACCAUUCAUCUGAAAGGAGCAUUGAAAGAGCCAAUCCACAUUCCCAAAACUGCACCAACAACAAAACAGAAAGGAAGAAGAGACGGUGAGGACCUGGACAGUCAGGGAGAUGGUAGCAGCCAACCUGAUACUAUUUCAAUUGCCUCACGAACGUCACAGAACACGCUAGACAGUGAUAAGUUGUCUGGUGGGUGCGAGCUGACAGUGGUAAUCCACGAUUUUACUGCCUGCAACAGUAAUGAGCUGACAAUCCGCCGUGGGCAGACGGUGGAGGUCCUGGAGAGGCCCCAUGACAAGCCUGACUGGUGUCUGGUUCGAACCACAGAUCGGUCCCCAGCUGCAGAAGGCCUGGUCCCCUGCGGGUCCCUCUGCAUCGCGCACUCUCGCAGUAGUAUGGAGAUGGAGGGGAUUUUUAACCACAAAG